UUCACAGGGCGUGGCACCAACAACGUCAUCACCUACCGCGGCGUCAAUUUGGUUCGCUUUUGAUGCAUUGGCGUUUGCUAACCGCGUGAGGCCUCAUUAAGACUCGGCUCUUGUGUGUUUUGCGUGUUUUACGGUGAUGAACAACCUCUUUCUGAUCUCUUUCGUGACUCUGCCGCGUCAUUUUGAGUGAUGAUUUAACAUUGAGACUUGACAGACGUCAAAUGCAGGUACAAACGUGCGUACGUAAUCUAUGAUGCGUGUUCUGUGUGGUACGCACUUACCAAAUGGUUUGGUUUGUACCUCCUGAAUACUUCCUAGAAAGUGCAUCGUUUAGGGAAUGUCUGACGUGAAGAGGAAGUCUUUAGACAAGUCUGGAGGUACUGAGAGGUAAGAAGAGAUGCAUGAUUUCAUCAUGAGGUAAUGUCCUCAGCUGUGGCUGUCAUAUAAAUAAACCAGUCACUCAGUGUUGCUGUACUGUGUUUUAUUUUUUGGAGUGUGUAAUUGCCGUUCUAUCAUGGUUAUUUGCUGUGUUCCUGGAUGUACCAAUGUAUCUGCCAAGGGGAAAUAUUUGAAGUUUUUCAGAUUUCCUUCAAAUGAAGAGGAACGUCAGAAGUGGUUAGAACAAUUAGGACUUGAUGAUGUCUCGACCAAUGCCAGGGUAUGUGGUAGGCAUUUUGCUCGUGGAACCAAAUCAACAACAGGAGUAAUACCAACACUGUCCAAGACAAAGCCACCUUUUUCUGUUGCUGCAAUAAAGCGAUCCAGAGUUAGAGCUUCUUUUACAUGGUCACCAUCAAAACAAACUCCUCCUUUGAAAAGGCUUGCUGCAAGAGUUAUUUCAAGACCAAGAAGGCCUAAAUCUUCUACUCCUAAGAAGAACGUUGCAGCAUGCAGGCGGUCUCUAAGUCUUAUUUCCCCAAUACGGGAACAUGAAGACAGAGAUGCGGAUGUUGCAGAAGACUUUGAAGACAUGUUUCACAGUCUAAGUAUUGAUGUUGAGCCUCACUCUGACUGUGCAUCGUGUUUUGAGCUGCAGGAGGAAUUAAAGGAAAAAGAAAACUGUAUCAAAUUACUUGAACAGCAAAUGUCUAGUGGCGAGAAUUGGAGGGUUGAGGCAAUUCAAGAUAAUGAUGAAAAGACGUUGUUUUAUACAGGAUUUCGCAGCUACAAUGAUUUCAAGGGUUUUUUCAAGUCGUUAGAGUAUGCUGCCACUUCACUGAAAUAUUGGUCACAGAGACAUACAGCAUUUACAGAGAGUAAAUCAGCAAAACCUCGUUCUCUUUCACCUCUAAAUGAGUUUUUUCUGACAAUGGUUCGUCUUCGUUUGGGGCUAGAGAUGAAAGACCUUAGCUACAGGUUUGGCUUCUCUCUUUCUCAAGUUCAUAAUAUUUUUGUCACAUGGAUAAACUUUCUCUAUUGCCAUUUGAAUGACGUUGACUGGUGGUUGCCAAGGGACACUCUACGUCGAAGUUUACCGCAGUCAUUUAGAGAGGCUUUUCCAAAAACCACCUGCAUCAUUGAUGCAACAGAGCUUUUUACAGAACGUCCUUCAGAUAGGGGUUUGCAAUCAGCUUUCUUCUCCAGUUACAAACACCACCACACUGUGAAAGCAUUGGUUGCAAUAUCGCCAUGUGGUCAUGUCAUGUUUGUGUCACGACUAUUUACUGGUGCUAUAUCAGACAGGGAACUUACCAAGCAGUCUGGUUUUCUUAAUAAAUUGGUGCCUGGAGACCAAGUCAUGGCAGACAAAGGAUUUAUUAUUGCCGACAUUCUCAUGGACGUUGGGGCAUCUCUUGUGCUACCUCCUUUUCUAAAAGGAGGAGGUCAGUUUGCCGAGGAGCAAGUCAUUAAAUGCCGGCAAGUGGCGUCUCUUAGAAUCGAUGUAGAAAGGGUGAUCAGACGGAUAAAGAACUAUAGAAUUUUACAAGGCAUAACACUUAGUUCAAGUAUGGAUCUUUUAGAUAAGGUAUUUACUGUAUGUUCGUAUCUAACGAAUUUGCAUCCACCUCUUGUACGGUAGAUUUAAUUUUGUAGGGUAGAUUAAUAUUAAUUAGUGUCAUGAUAUUAAGUUUUGUUUGGAAAAGUAAAUAUAUUGGCUUUUGUUAUAAUUCUGUA